AUGAGUCGCGAGGGCGAGCACCCCUGUGUCCGGGCCGGGGGCGCAUGCGUGAGGGGCGCUAUCGAUCCCGCCCCCGCCGCCCCCGCCCCCGCCCCCGCCGGGGCUGUCGCCGCGCGCCGGCCCCCGCGAAUACACCACCUCUGUGUUUACAUCCCAACAUUUGCCCAGGAGGGCGCGGGCGCGGGCGCGGGGGCGGGGGCGGGGGCGGCGGCGGCGGCGGCGCGGCUCGAGUGGGAGCUGUCGCUGCCGGCGGAGCAGGUGGUGUCGCACGGCUGGUACCACGGCGCGCUGGCCCGCGCCGCCGCCGAGGCGCUGCUGCAGCAGGACCGCUCCUUCCUCGUGCGCGACUCCUCCUCGCAGCCCGGCAACUACGUGCUCAGCUGCCGCAGCAACGCGCAGCACCUGCACUUCGUCAUACAGCGGAUAGUGGUGAACCCGGACACGGUGUACGAGCGCUGCCAGUACCAGUUCGAGGACGAGGCGUACGGCUCCGUGGCGGACCUGGUGACGUCGUACGUGGGCUCCGGCAAGCCCGUGUCGGCCGCGUCGGGCGCGCGCAUCCAGUACCCGGCCAACCGCGCCGCGCCGCUCACCGCGCCCGCCUCGCCGCCCGCGCGCCCCGCGCAGCUGCGCCCGCCGCUCCGCAAGCAGCGCUCGCACUCGCUCACGCCCGCGGACCUCGCGGCCGCCGCGCCGCACGCCACCAGCGCCAGCGCCGACGGCGUGAUCCAGGCGGCGGGCGGCGAGGCGGCGGCGUGGGACGCGCCCGCCAGCCCGCCCGCCAAGCCCGCGCGCGACGAGCGCCGCCUGCCGUCCGGCUCCGACUCCGGCACCGGCUCCGGUGACUCCGCGCAGUCCGCGGGGGACGCGCGCCGCGAGGAGCCCCCGCCCCCCGCCGCGCGCGCCCCCUUCGACUACGACCAGGUGGAGGCGCGCCUACUACAGGCCGGCUGCUACCAGUACACCGUGCCCUCGCGCCUGCGCACCGCCGGUUUCGAGUCCGCGCUGCUGGGCGCCGGCAGCAAGCCGCUCGAGUCCGACACGCUGCACACCAUCAAGCUGCUGCUGCGCACGUCGGGCCCGCGCAUCCUCGCCAACCACCUCACGCGGGUCGACCUGGACUUCCUGCUCGAGGAGACGGUGCAGGUCGAGGGGCUGGACAAGCAGGCCUCUGUGCUCGAGCUGUGCUUCCUACCGCAGGGCAAGCAGUUGCGACUAGAUAUCAUAGAAAGGAUCGAGACGUUCCGCCUGCUGGUGGCGGUGACGGUGCUGACGGCGCCGACGGACCGCGCGCGCGCCGACGCGCUCAACGACUGGAUCCAGCUCGCCGUGGAGACCAAGACCGCGCUCGGCAACCUGUACGGCUUCACCGCCAUCAUGGCCGGCCUCUGCAUGCCGCAGGUGGAGUGCCUGGAGCAUGCGUGGAGCGUGCUGCGGCGCGUGUACACGGACCAGGCGUUCAUGUUCGAGGCCAAGCUGCGGCCGGGCCUCAAGAGCAUGGACGAGGGCGCGCAGCCGCCGCCGCCCAACACCACCGUGCCGCACCUGCUGCCGCCCGUGCUCUGCUUCCACACCUUCGACGGCGAGGGCGGGCUUCUGGAGCCGGAGGAGAGCUUCCCGGGCAGCCUGGCGCUGAACACGGAGCUGGACCUGUUCGCGGCGGCGGCCACGCUGGCGGCGGCGCGGCGCCUGCCGGACCAGCUGGCCACGUUCCGCCGCAACGCGCGAACCGUGGUGCAGGAGCUGUCGGCGCUGGGCCCCGCGCUGGACCCCGCGCUGCUGGACCUGUUCCGCCCCGAGUUCCACGCGCGCUUCCUGUGGGGCGCGCGCGGCGCCGCCUCGCCCGCGCCGCAGCGCCUCGCGCGCCUCACAGACGUGGUCUCCAGCAUGGCCGCCAGGCUCGCCGCGCAGCCGAGGGACCCCGACGCCUAGACGCACUCAGCAGGGGCCUGGCCGGGCCAACACCCCACCACCCGGAUACGUCAAUGCGCCCGGGCCAACUACUCGACUUUCGAUAUAAUAUUAAGUAC